UUGGAGGGAAACCCCGUACCGAGCGCUACUGACCCCCACGAGAAUCAGCUGUGCGCAGCAGUUAGCCAGCUUUCGCUUAACAACAGCAUCCUCAUCCAUCACUCUCAUUCAGCUCUGAGCAGCCAUGGACACACUUGAUCUGGUGCAGAAAGCCAAGCUUGCCGAGCAGGCCGAGCGUUACGACGACAUGGCUACCGCCAUGAAAGCAGUGACGGAGGGCGGCAACGAGCUUUCCAACGAGGAGCGCAACCUGCUCUCGGUGGCCUACAAGAACGUCGUGGGCGCACGCCGCUCCUCCUGGAGAGUCGUCUCCAGCAUCGAGCAAAAGACCGAAGGCAGUGAGAAGAAGCAGCUGAUGGCCAAGGAGUAUCGUGAGAAGAUCGAGAAGGAGCUGAAGGAGAUCUGUAAUGAUGUGCUGGGUCUUCUGGACAAAUAUCUGAUCCCGAAGGCAACCCCAGCUGAAAGUAAAGUCUUCUACUUGAAAAUGAAAGGCGAUUACUACCGCUACUUAGCCGAGGUAGCCGUGGGAGACGAGAAAAACUCGAUCAUCUCGAAUUCGCAAGAAGCCUACAGGGACGCGUUUGAGAUCAGCAAGGCCGAGAUGCAGCCUACACACCCCAUUCGUCUGGGCCUGGCACUGAACUUCUCUGUCUUCUACUACGAAAUCCUAAACUCUCCCGAACAGGCCUGCAAGCUAGCCAAGACGGCUUUUGACGAGGCCAUUGCAGAACUCGAUUCCCUCAAUGAAGAAUCUUACAAAGACAGCACAUUGAUCAUGCAGCUGCUGCGAGACAACCUGACACUGUGGACCUCAGACAACCAAGGUGAUGCCGAGGACACCGAAGAAGGAAGAGAAAACUGAUUCUCUCCCUCUCCAUCCAUCCUUUCCCCUGACAUCUGGCUUUCAUCAUCCCAUCCACACCGAGAUGACUGAAUCAUCCAGCUUCUGCCUCCUUUAAUUCUUCCUUCCUUCAUCUUUCUCCUUCCUUUCCUUGUCACAAUCAUUAAUC